GCGUGUAAAAACGCGCCAGAUUCUUUCUCACGCGCUCUCCUUCUACUCCCACUCUUUCACUCCCGCACAAUGCGACGUACUCCUCCGACUACCAACUUCCUUGCCGCCACCGACGCCGCCUUCUCCACCGCCACAAUGUCUUCCCGUCCUUAUCACCGAGGUCACCGUAGAGGAUACUCCGGCCGCUCGUAUACCGGCGGGAGAGACCAGUUCGUUACUGGAGACGAUCACUUACAGUCAGUCCGCGACGCCAAUUCGGCAAUCCGGCAAGGCGAGAGAGGAAGCUCUACGAAUCAAACGCAGUAUUAUCAGAAUCCACCGCAUGAUCCGAGGUUUCGUCCGCCACAGUUUUAUUAUCAGAAUCCACCUUACAAUGCUCAUCCACCGUCUCAAUUUCAGAAUCAGUUUUACAAUCCAAGGCCUCAUCCACCGCCUCAAUAUCAAAAUCAGAAUCAGUCUUAUAAUCCAAGGCCUCGUCCUUAUCCUCAUCAGCAGCCGCAUUUUCGGCAGCCGUAUGAUCACCGACGGGAAUUUCGGCCGCCACAGAAUUUUCGCCCGAAGCCUCAGGAUUAUCGAGAGUGGGAGCUUGCUUUGACACCGCCACCUCCUCAUUGUGAAAGGUUUAAAGUCCUUUCCUAUAAUAUACUGGCCGAUUACCUUGCUAUGGACCACUGGAAAAAACUUUAUUAUCAUGUACCUCCUUACAUGUUGAACUGGCAGUGGAGAAAGAGUAAAAUAAUUUCUGAGCUUGGCUUGUGGUCUGCCGAUAUCAUGUGCUUUCAGGAGGUUGAUAGAUUUGAUGAGUUGGUGGAGGAUUUGAAGUUUAAAGGAUACAGAGGCAUCUGGAAGAUGCGUACGGGCAAUCCAGUCGAUGGUUGUGCAAUCUUUUGGCGAACAUCAAGGUUCAAUUUGUUAUAUGAAGAAAGCAUAGAGUACAAUAAGUUGGGUCUUAGAGACAAUGUUGCUCAAAUAUGUGUACUAGAGCUCAUUAAUCAAAAUGGAUCUCUCCCACCCAGCUUGACAGGUUCUCGUAAAGUUGUGGUUUGCAACAUCCAUGUGCUUUACAAUCCAAAUAGAGGAGAAAUUAAGCUUGGCCAGGUCAGAGUCCUACUGGAUAAGGCUCAAGCUGUUUCUCAACUUUGGAAUAAUUCCCCUAUUAUUAUCUGUGGGGAUUUUAAUUGUACCCCUAAGAGUCCAUUGUACAACUUUAUCGCAGAACAAAAGUUAGAUCUAUCUGGAAUAGAUAGGAAUAAAGUGUCAGGGCAAGCUUCUGCUGUAAUUCGUGCACCAUGGACUUACGGUCCUAAUUCUAGGGAAAAAAGAUUUGCUAAUGGUUCAGUUCAGGUCACAUCCCCUGAAGGUGACAAGGGAGUUAGAAUUGAACAAAAUAGUUCUUUGUCAGACAUGCAGAAUCCAACCACUGAGAGUAGCAAUUCUGAAAAUCAAAAUUCCAGCCCUGUUUUGGGUACGUCUAAUCCGACAAAUGUGCAGUGUAGUGGGGAGAGUGACACAUGUGCAGGAAAAGAUACUCAGGGGGCUGUUGACCAUAAUACGGUUUUUGGUGAAGUUGAUGGCAUGAAAGAAGUGCCAAAUCCUUCUAAUAAUAUCAGCAGACUCCCAACUGAUCAUAUAAAUAUAAAUGAUGAUGAAAUUCAUGACGUCACACCUAUAACGCCUUCAGCUCUAGAGACAGUUCACACUGAUCCAACCGGGAUGGGAAGCACAGAGCAUAUAUCAGAUGCUAUUUCAACUUCAAGUCAAGAAUCAUUGAGUAAAAGCUUCAACUUGCAUGACCAUGAAGGAAAUAGGCAUGUAGAGUCUGACUGUUCCCCAACCUCACUUCAAGAAGGUGAUCAAACUUCAAAGGUGGAGAUAGAUCUUGAGUCAACAGAUCUUAACCAAGAAGUAUCCUCAAAUAAACUAUCGAGCAAGACUUCAGUUUCUAAUGACAAAAUGAAUUGCUCAUCAACUGCAUAUCUAGUUGACGAAUCACAAACACCUACCAACUUUGACUUUACUCUAAAUGAAAAACUAGAGAAAUUUUCCCUUGAUGAUAUAGAUAAAGUCGAUGUAAGCAGUGGGAAUAUUGGUGAAGAUGCCGUUGAUUUCAUAAAUGCCUUACAUAAUGCCGAAGAAGAUUUUGCUUCUAACGACUCGAUGCUGCCUGCAGAAAGCAAUGAAGUGAAGGAUGACUUAUUUCCAAGUUUGAUUUCCAAAUCUAUUGACGCGGAGAAUAAUACUUAUAAUCCAUCGUCGUGGACCCCUGCUGAGAUAGAAACUGCAACAGGAAAUGCCGAGAGCACAUUCUUGGAGCACCCUUUACUGCUCAAGAGCACGUACACCGAAGCUACGAACUCUCCAGGAACUAGAGACCCUAAUGGUGAACCCUUAGUAACCAGCUACCACAAGUGCUUCUUGGGCACUGUUGACUACAUUUGGCGAUCUGAAGGUCUGCAAACAACCGGAGUUCUUGCUCCAAUACCUAAACAUGUCAUGGAAAGCUCUCAAGGAUACCCAACUAAGAAAUGGGGUAGCGAUCAUAUUGCCUUGGUUUCAGAGUUAGCUUUCUUGGAAGAUGGUACUACCAUCAGCAAGGAUGUUGUAUAGCAUCUUACUCGACAAAUAAAUUAUGGCCAUUUGCCAUUGUAAGAUUUUCAAAUCUGGUGCCAGGUCUUGGCCUAAUUUGCCGUCUUCAGGUUUUAUGUCGUGGAGGCUAGACGUAUUUAUGUAACUUGUAAAUAAUUAAUAAUAUUAAUUAUCAAAUCAAUUUGUACAUCAUUUCAAUGGUAAAUGAGUGUAAAUUGUUGGUCUAGAUUAUAAUGCUUGACGGCAACAUCUAUUUAUAUUUAGGUAUUAAUGUAAACAAAUUCUUGAUAUUAACAUCAUCAAUUUUAUAAAAAAAAGUUGUACA